AUGAAUAAAUUAAAAUAAGAAAAUUAAAAGGGUGAAUCUAAGAAUAUCAAACUAACAAACAGUAAAAUUAACCUAAGGUUAGAGAACUAAUUAUCAAAAAUUUACAAAUCAAAAGAGAAUUGCCUUUUUUGUAUUUCAUGUUAAUAAGAUAUUAUGUAGCAUAACAUUUACAAUCAUUUAUUUGAACCCCUACACAUACUUAAACUAUAAGAAGGAUUUAUCAAAAUAGGCAGUAGUAAAGUGAAUAAAAGAGAAAAAGCUUUGAAAAAAAUUGAAUCUAAAAAUUAGAAAACUUAUGGAUAAUAAAUAAAAAAGGAAGAUUAAAAGAAUAAAAUUAUUUUGAUUCCUUCAAAAGUUCAAGAGUUGCCUCAAAAUAUAAAUGCAAAUCCUAUUACAAAAUUUAUUGAAACAUUAUAAUUUGACUUGAAAUCAAUAGAUAAAAUUUAACUUUCAUUAAUUAUUUCAAUAUUAGUAAAAUCAUAUUGCACAAUAAAUGAGAUAAUAGAAAUGAAGUUUUCAUAAAUCAUAGAUAAAUGUACUGUUUACUAUUUGAAUAUAAAUGAUUCCUGGAAAAAAAACUAUUUAAUUCUUAAAGAGAGAUUUCCUGAUUAUUUAUAAGAAUUUAUUAGUAAGAAUGCAGGAUCCGAUAAGCCUUUGAUCAAACUAUUGGGAUAAAAUAAAAGAUAGACUUUAAGUAAAGAAUUAUAUGUUUGUUGCUCUAAAAUAUAAAAUCUAACAAAUGAUGAAGAUUAUAUUAGCUUUUUGAAAGGUUUAACAUUGAAAAAACUAAAAAAAAUUACAAUUGAAAGGAUAUCUAAAAGAAAUUUAAUCUAACAUGAGGAGAUUGGAUAGAAGAAUUAAGAAUAAAUAAAAGAUCAAGAUUUUUCAAUAAAUGAACAGCAUAGAAAUUUAGAAAAAAAGCAAGUUAUAAAGAUAAUAAUAAAAUAAAAAGUAAUAAAUAGUCAAAAACAAGAAUUAACAGAUUGA